UCAUUCUCAGGCCGGGUAAGACCCCAGCAACAACACAGCGCUCGGUCCAACCUAUGGAGAUUGGGCUUUGCAAUCGCCAUCCAUCCUCUGAAUAUACAGCAUUUUGUGGACUAAUAUCGCACCUGCUGAUAAGAAGAAAUAUAGUUUUUUGAAUCUGAAUCUGAAGGCACUGGGGAGAGGCGCAGAAAAAAAUUUUCAUACUCAAUGACAUUACAUCGCAAUGUCCGAUCGUUUGGGGCAAAUAACCAAGUCCAAGGAUGGGAAAAGCAAGUAUUCCUCAAUCAGCCUAUUUGACAAGUACAGGGGGAAAUCAAUAGAAACUCAGAAAAAUACAGCAGUUACGCGACAUGGCUUGCAAAGUCUUGGUAAAGUGGCAGCAGCCCGCCGCAUGCCCCCACCCGCUCAUCUGCCGAGCUUGAAGUCUGAAAACAAAGGAAACGACCCCAACGUGAUUAUAGUGCCCAAAGACGGUUCAGGAUGGGCGAACAAGCAGGAACAACCCGAUCAAAAGAGUUCUAUUGCAUCAGCGUCACAGCAGCAGGAGUUGCAGCCACAGCAGGCUUCACAGAAAUCUGUCUCCAAUCUUCAGAAGCCCUUACCAGUAGCCAACCAGGAGAACCCAAACACAGGUGGACCAAAGCAAUGGGCCCAGCUAAAUGGAAAGGCAGGCGAGCACGAUGGUUUAAGGGCCUCAAACCGACUUCAGCCCUUCUCUCACGAGGAAUUUCCCACACUGAAGGCGGCUGGAGAACAGGACAGGGCUGGCAAGGAAAGAAGCGGCUUCGAUCCGUCGUAUGGGCCCGGACCAAGCCUCCGCCCCCAGAAUGUGACGAGCUGGAGGGAAGGUGGUGGCAGGAACCUUCAGCCCUCUUCCUUGACCCUCGGGCUGCCAGCAGAUCCUGAGGGUAAACUUACUGCCAUCGGUGAGACUGGGACUCCCCCAGCCUCAUCUCACCCCCCCACUGCCACCGGCACCGCCUCCGCCUCAUCUGCUGCAGUGACGGCUCAGCCACCGGGCCCCGACCCAAAGGACCUUUCCCUCCGACCCGCCCAGCCUGUGCGCAGAACAACCGUCCCUACUGCUCUGCAGUACCAACUUCACCACACCUCAACCGCUGUCUACCAUGACAUGUUACCCGCAUUUAUGUGCUCCAAAGAGACUCGGGAGACUUCAGGUACAGAACAUGUUCCCACCACUUCAGUACCCCCGGUCCGAUUUGACAGUAAACCCGCUUUCAGGCAGACUUAUGCCAAACCUGAACUCCUAAAUGGGGAAGCGAGAAAAGAGAGUCGUUUUGUUCGCGCUCCACUCUCUAGAGUCUCUUCUCAGCCCAUCCGCAGACCCGGUGAAAGGCCAUCACGCCCAGCCAUCAUUAACCCAGAGGAUCUGAAGGAUCUGGAUGAUCUGGAUAAUGACUUUGAGGAUGGAUGGGCUGGACUUCACGAAGAAGUUGAUUAUAGUGAAAAGCUCAAGUUUAGUGAUGAUGAAGAAGACCACUCUUCAAGUGAUAAAAAGAUUUGGAAUGAUUGGGAAAAGGGAAGAGAAACGCGAUUCUCUUUAGGUUCAGGAGAAGCGUCAUACCAACAGGAGGGGCUUGAAGAGAGUUAUUCCUACCAACAUCACAGCCAGGAGCUUUCCAGAAAGUCCAGCAACAGAUAUCAUUCUGUUGACAGUCAGGCUCAGCAGAAAAACUACAGCGACCCAUCGAACGACCAAGGUGAGCAUCAUCGCCCGUCUCAGAAUCAGCCGCCAGCGAGGGCUAAAUACGUUUCGCCGGAACUAUCCGAAGCUGUCGAGAGAGCCCGCAGGAGAAGGGAGGAGGAAGAGCGACGCGCCCGGGAGGAGCGGUUGGCUGCGUGUGCUGAAAAACUCAAAAAGUUGGAUGAGAAGUUCGGAAAGACUGAAAAGCAGAUGUCAAGGACUGAGGAUGGUCCAAAAGACACAGAAGGCAAAAGAGUCCCUCUGUCCCCAAGCAAAGAGCAGAUUAAAAGCCACAGUGACUACUGGCAGUACAGCUCAAAAGAGGGAAGUGAGAGUCUUCGAGGAAGUUCUCCCACUCGUAGUUACCAAGAAGAGCCUGGCUUCCCCAACCAACCUGCCAGUGAGGAUGAUGGCCAGGAGCUUUCCUCUCCCACUGGAGACUACAGUGGACGCCAGUCGUCCAAACCAAUUCCACCCCGUUUUCAGAAACAGCACCACCAGCAGGAACAGGUGAUGAAAAUGCCACAUUGGCAACAGUCCGCUCAUCCUUCAUCUGGCCCAAAUCACGCCCAGCGAGGAUAUUAUCCCCCGUCUGUCCUUGGGUUUGACCCUCGGUGGAUGAUGAUGCCACCCUUCAUGGAUCCCCGUAUGGCCCAAGGGCGAUCUCCUGUGGACUAUUACUCUGGAUCUGUUCACUCUGGAGUUAAAGCUGCUACCCUUCAAGACCACCUGAACAGCCCCAGUUCAGAUGAAGGUUGCCAUUCCAACUUACACCAAGAGAGCCGAACUUCCUCUACUGAGCCUUACCCAGCGUGGAACCAAGACUACCCUUUACGCAGCUUCACUCCACCCUACCAGAGACAGCAGGAAACAUCAGAUGGUGGAAAAUCUGGUGAAAGAGUCGCUUCUCAUUUGGACUCCUAUGAGGAUGUGACAAAGGAGUCUUUGGCUCGCUCCCAUGACGACCUCCAUCAUUACGCCUAUCAGAGCCGAGCCUCAGAUAAGGAGCAUCAACAUGGUGACCAAGGCCUGCUCAGCAGCUCCAAGAGCCUCUGUCAGAGUUUCUCAGAAAAUGAAUACACAAAACAAGACUCUAGGGACAGCUAUCUGAAAGAGGGGCUUGAGUCUCACGCCGAAGGCUUUGAUGGACCCGCAGACAACUGGAAAAGGGAAGCUAGCCAGAAACAAGAUGGGCUUUUCAACAGCGCCCAAAGCCACUGGUCCGAGGCUAGUUCCAGCUCCAGCAGCAGUGCCAGCCAGCCUUGUGAGACAAGUGGGCGCACCCUGACUCGCAGAACCGGACCCAUCAAGAAACCAGUUCUCAAAGCUCUUAAAGUCGAAGACAAGGAGAAUGAAAAGCCGAAACCUGAACCGGAGGAGAAGCCUGUCCCCUACCGCCUGGACAAAGAAGUCCUCACUAACGUUCAUGACCUGAAGAAAGAUAAUCAGCCUUCUGUCAGCAGGCGCUCGGCUUCACCUGUCGUUGAGAAGCACCCUGAAGACAAACGGUGUCUGUCACCAGCUCCUGGUAAAAUAGAUCGUCAUCUGAGCAUCAACAGUAACGCCUUCUCCAAGGAGAACCACUGGGCUAGCGGGAAAAGCCACCUACCUAAAGAUGGGCUGGAAAGCAGAGAAUGCCAGGCGCCUCGGCGGAAUAACUGGAUAUUCAUCGAUGAAGAACAAGCCUUUGGUGCUGUCAGGGGAGCAGGGAGAGGCCGUGGUCGAGGCUUCAGAGAGUUCAGCUCCCGAGGUGGAACCCGCGGUGGUCGAAGUGGAGAGAACCUUAGAGGAAUGUACAAUAACAGUAACACGAGUGCCACUCAGCGACCAGGAAGAGGGCGGGCUUUGUCCAGGGACUUUGUAAAAGUGGAGGAUUUUCAGAGGGGCAAACCACGCCGGCGAAACGUCAGCGAGACGUUGAGCGAAGCGUCAGAGUACGAAGAACUUCCCAAAAGACGCCGCCAGAAGGGCUCUGAGAAUGGAGAGGGAAAUGCUGAUGCAGCAGAAGCCCGUAAGGCUGACCGAGAGUCUUGGAGAUCCAACAAGGUGUACACAGAUGAUCAGACCGCUUUAGACUCCAGAGAAAAGACCAAGACCAGCAGGGGUUAUGGAGGUCGUGUCCUGCCCCCCAGGUUGAAUGGUACUGGCAGCUACAGUCGAAGCUUUGGAGGAUCCAGGGAUAUUUCUACAUGGCGGGGUCGAGGGCCCCAGUUUAGCGGUAACCCGGCUUCUGUGCAAGAAAAUGGUUAUGGUCCUGAAGCAACGUAUUCAUCCAGACCUCCAGCAGAGCGCGACACUCUAAAGUAUACUCCCAAGUUUUCGGGCUCUUUCUUAGAAAACAGCAACGAAGACCGAGAAGGGGAAUGCUACUUUGAGGGGGAUAACCCCGAUAGGCAGAUGUUGAGAAGACGGCGUCCUCCACGCCAAGACAAACCUCCCCGCUUCCGCCGUCUACGCCAAGAACGUGAGCCGGGGUCCAACCAGUGGACCAGCAAUGAGUAUGUAAACGGAGAAUUGGUCAAACCCUGGCCGAGUCACUCCAAAGGCACCGCAGAGGACAGCUGGCCGAGCGGUCAUUAUCCUGGGCGCUCUGGGCAGCAAGGUCAGACGGAGGAGUGGGAAACGGGCUCGGACAACAGCGAUUUCAGUGAGUGGAGAGAGAAGCGAGGCGGAGCCGCGAGCUCCCAGGUUCACGGAGACGUUCACGGAGACGUUCCCUCCGACUCGGGUCACAGCGAGCCUGGCUCUGGUGAGAAGAGGGAACUUUCAAAGAGAAGCUUCUCCAGCCAGAGGCCAUUGGUGGAGCGGCAGAACAGGAAGGGGGAGCCAUCCCUGUUGGAGGCCAGCAAGAUGGUUCGCACUUCAGAGAAUCUUCCCAUUUCUUUGUCUGGCAGGAGUGACAGUUGGCAGAAUGGGGGGAUUUCAAAAAGCAGGAGUCAAGAUGACUGCGGACCUUUUUAUAGCACAGAUCCAUCUUCAGAAGACAAGGAGACCUGUGAAUCGACGGGGAAAAAAAUUGAUAAGGAGCUGAAACCAGGACCUGUAAAGACUGACAUUGAUGAAUCUAUCUCCCCAUAUGACAUUAGCUUAAUCAACGGGGAGAGCGGGGCAGCCAGUUCUAGUCCGGAUGGAUACCAGGAUGCUUUGUCCAAAAAGCAAAGACGCCCCCAAGAGGAUGAAAGGAGGAGAAAAGAACAAGGAGCGGCUGUGCCAGUUAAAAACCGGACAAUGGCAUCCAAGAUUCCUCCCCGUUUUGCUAAAAAGCAAGGAAGCCUGAGCAUCGAGCAACCAGAAGAAGCGAUUUCCUCCAACAAUCUGGGAACUGAAAUUUGGGAGAGCAACAGCUCAGCUCUGUCAGUGCAGUCUUCAGGGGGGGACUCCUGGACCAAACAGGUUUCUUACACAGGAAGUGAACCCAACUCUGAGGACUCUGAUGCCGGCCCAGAACAAAACAAAGAACAGCACAAACCUGGGCCCAUUGGAAACGAACGCUCCCUGAAGCACAGAAAAGGCUCUGAGGGUGUUGACAGGCUGGAAGGCGGCCCCAUUACACCGGUCAACGGUGUGGAUCUCCAUGUGGACGCUGUCCUGCCUGUGCCCCCUAUUGAGUUUGGCGUCAGCGCCAAGGACUCCGAUUUCAGUCUCCCACCAGGAUCGACCCCGGUGCCUGUAUCCAACCCUGUUAACAAGCUCCAGGACGCUCUUACCACCAAUACGUCUUUGAAUCAAAGUCUACCCAUUCUGCGCUCCAACCAUCUGCAGCCCGGCAUUAACCUCAACAGCAUUUCCUAUCCCACCGCCGACCUUACUCUCAAGAUGGAAUCGGCACGCAAAGCCUGGGAAAAUUCCCAGUCCCUGCCAGAGCAGGGCUCUCCUGGCGGGGGCGCUUCGGGGGCUCAGCCUGCUUGCAGCGUGGGUUCAUCCAGUGGUGUCAGCUACAGUACUUUUGGAGGGGUUUCAAUGCCCCCAAUGCCAGUUGCGUCUGUGGCACCUUCCAUGUCCAUGCAGGGUAAUCCAAUUCCCCCACUCUACCUGGACGGUCAUGUUUUCCAAAGUCAGCCACGCCUUGUGCCUCCUACCAUGACCCAGCAGCAGACCUACGCACAGGGUCCGACAGCCCAGCAGAUUCCCAUCUCAUUACACACCUCUCUUCAGGCUCAGGCACAGUUGGGGCUUCGGGGAGGUCUUCCCGUCUCCCAGUCCCAGGAGAUGUUCAACUCCAUCCCCCCUUUCAGGUCCCAGGUUUACAUGCACCCCAACCUUUCACAGCCCAACCCCAUGGUGCUGUCUGGUGGGGGCCCUAUCAAGGGCCCUUACUCGGCUUUCCCUGGCAUGCAGCCCUCAGACAUGGUGAAACCGCAGUCAGGCUCUCACUACCAGCCGUUGAAUGGCAGCCAGCAGCUGGUGUAUGAUGGUCAGAUGAAUCAAGGACCUGGUAUGGGUUCUUCUCAGUUAAUGGACUCUCAGCUCAUUCAGGUGACCAUGCCGCUGCCCGGCUCUCAGCUGCGUUAUGGCUCAGCUCAGCAACAUCUCAUCCUGCCACAGUCCAUCCAGCUGCAACAAGGACAGAGCCUGUCGGUGGGAGCGCCUCGCCGAAUGUUACCGCCUGGCUCCCAGCCGGCCGUUCUGACUGGCAGUAGAGAGUCGUGGAGAAAAAUGACCAACAUGUGUUUGUCACAGAGCUCUCAGAUGGAAAUGAAAGGCUUUCAGUUCUCUGACAAGGCCAGUCAUUCCCCAGGUUUGUCUGGAAGCUCCUACAGGCCUGGGUCUGCAAGCCCGAGCAGUAAGCCCUCUGGUCCUGGGGGCCAUGUAGGCCCUCUGCCUACACAUUUUGCUCAGCAGGUCCCGCCUUCCCAGGGCAGCAUGGUGAUGCACAUGCGGCCCCCCACCACUGGCCCUUUCCCUAACCCCAUUCAAAGGCCCGUCAUGCCAGUCAACAAGCCUGUUGUCAUUCGCUCCCCCCCCUACCCCAACCCCGGCCGUGAUCAUCCCCACUCCACCCCCGCUUCAGUCCCUGAGCCCCCAGUCAAAGGGGCAGAGGAUGGCAUGAAGGUGAGCCACCCUCUGUAAAAGUAGAGUAAGACAUUGCGAGACAUGUGCAAGGUAGUGGGGGAGGGCAAGUCCCCAGCCGGGGGCAUGACCAGCAAAAUCCAAGAGCCCCUACCCUCCACGGGUCAGGCCAGACCAGCACGAACUGGAGCCAUCAAACCCCAGGCUGUGAAAGUCGAAGAGGGCAAGGCAUAACAAAGGACCUUAGGGCCUCCAAGUCCUCCCCACCAAGCGAGCCCGCUGACGCACAGCCCCGUGGUCGGUGAGGCCCCCCGCCCCGAACCCCCUCCCCCCGAAGCACCGAGGCAGCGGACAUACACAUGCAGUCAUCAUAAUGAAUUACUCUUUGAGCUGGCAGAACUGGACACUUUUAUUUCACACCCCAUAUAGAGAUAUAUAAAUAUAUAACAAAUAUAUAUGCAUACAUACAGACAGUCUUUUAAACAGAUCUCUUCCUCGUUAAUUUAUUCUUAGUCACAUUCUCGGGGGGGUUAAGUUUUGUUUCUGUUACUCGUUUGUGUGUGUGUGUGUGUGUGUGUGUGUGUGUGGUUGGGGGGGAGGGGAAAUAAACUUGGAUGGUUCAUUUUUCAUAUUCUUUUUGCCAAACUAAAUAUUAACUCUGUAAAUGGACUGUAGCCUUCAAGACCAGGCAUGACACCUGACGCGGCGAGAAGCAACACCUUUUCUUUUCUGACCAAUCAGAAUGCAGUGGGGGCACUUGUGUCAUUUUCAUUGUUUUUUUGUUUUUUUCUUUCUGGUAAAUAAAGGUUAACAUCAUGACCACCCAUUCAAAUCACUGGUAAAGGAUUUAUUUUGAUCAACACGGAGAAAAAAAAAAAGUGGUACAAGUCCAAGAACAUCUUAGACCCGCUGAUUUCUGUAAAAAAAAAUAUUUGUGAAAAGCCACUCCCUGAUUUAUUUGUGUCCGUUUAGUUUUGACUUGUAAAUUCAACAUUAAAAGCUGAAUAUUUCUCAAUCAUGUUGCUUCCAUCGCAAGCUUUGACACGGCGCCUGCAUGUGAGGAGCGGACCUGCAGGACUGGAGCGCCACAAAGAAGGCAUCACUUUCAGGCUCUACAGCGGUUCUGUUUUCUGUCCUUAAAGCUUCAUUUUAUUUACUUUUUAAAGAUGGUGUUGCUUAAAAAAAAUCACGGAAAAUCCUCUUAAUAUUAAGCAUUCUUGGAUUAUUUGUCACGUUCAUUUUAAUCACAGCCAGGGUCCAAAGGAAGUUCUGCUUUCAGGCUAGUCGUCACAAACAGGAUGUGGAAUGUUGCUUAUUUAAAUUAGAGCAUCUUUUGCUUCUUUUUUUUGGAGCACGACGGAGAGAUUUUUAAAGUGUUUGAUUUUAAAAUGUGAAAAAGUUGAAUACAUCCUGUUUUUUUCCUUCUUCUGCUGUUUGUAGUUAAUGACUCCUUUGAAAGUCGCCAUCAUUGUGUCCAAACUGGUUCCAUGUUACUAUAAGGCUCCAUGACACUACGACGUGUCAGUCUUUACGGCAGUGUUUCACUGGUUUGUGUGUAACUGUACAAUUGAGCCUUGUCAGAACGGCUUCUCCCCAACAUUUCAUUUUCAAUAUUGUGGCACCAUAAAGGCUAUAUUGUUAAAAAACAAAACAAAAAAAAAGAUCUGUGUUUCUCUGAAUGGACUGCGUUCACCCGGUGAUAGGUCUGUUGGCCUCUGAGUGUUUUAACCUCUUCUUCCGUUCUGCAGCAAAUCUUUACAUCUCAUUGUAUCUGCACCAAAAUGUGACCCCAAUGUUUUAUUUUUUUUAAUUUUUUUUUUGCUCUUUGUAUGUUUGAAAUGCAUAUUUAAUUUUUGUCUGAGGACAAGUGCUUUCUACAUUUGAUCCAGCACUCUGUUUAUCCUGCCUGAUGGUCAUUCUGUCAGGAAUUUUGGUCAUUACUCACCCUUGAUUUAAAAGAUAAAAACAAACUUAUUGAAAGCAGAGAAAUAAAGCAGUUGUGAUUUCUUAAA